ACAGUUUUCAUUUAAGCCAGCAUUCCCUGUUGUAUCGGCCACUCCCACGGUAACAUCAGCACAGUCCUCCUCCAUAGGUGGCAGCACAAGCUCCACUCCAAGUACAACGCAAGCAGGUGGGAUUAAUUUUGGAACAUUUGGGGCAUCACAAGCUUCCACAACACCUAGUUUUACACCAGUGUUUGGUCAGAGUAUGAGCAGCCAAAAUAGUGCUGCUGGUUUAGCUGGUGGCUUAUCUUCUGCAGCCACAUCAACAGCGCCACCUACAGGAGGUUUCUCCUUUGGCAAGGACCCAGCCACAACAUCUACUUCAGCCACGGGAACAGGAGCGUCAACAGGAGCUGCCCUGGGUGCGGGUGGGAUUAGCUUUGGUAUGACAAACACCACCUCUACGAUGUCGGGAACUAGCACCACCACCACUCAGCCGAAAAAUGGGUUCAGUUUUGGUGGUGUUGGCAGUGGCACCCAGCAGACAACUACGCCUGCAGCACCACCUCCAGCCUAUGGUGCCAUGUUUGGGCAGGGGGUUGGUGGUACGGCACCAGGUAAUACCACGGCGCCUGUAUUUGGCCAGACUAAUACUGUGACAACAGUUGGUACUACAAAGGCUACCUUUGGCUUUAGUUCCACCACCACACAGCCAUCUCCAGCACCUGGUACAGGGUUCUCUUUUGGUGGGUUGGGAGCUACUGCAAGCACCACAGCAAGCACCACCACCACUUCAGGCACCACUGGAUUUUCCUUUGGCACCACUUCUACUGGUGCAGGAGGAACCACUGGCACGACAUUUGGUGGCUUUGGCACUACUUCCACCAGCGCUGGAACCAUUGGCACCACUUUUGGUGGUGCUCCAACUACAGCAUCAUCGGCACAACCGGGGUUUGGCUCGACAGGGGUCACGCAGAGCAGUGUCUUCUCCUUUGGUGGAUCUAGCAACACUACUGCUGCCCCAAGUGGUGGCACAGGAUUUGGAAAUACGAACACAAGCCAAGCUAAUGGCGUCUUUAAUUUUGCUGCCUCUGUUGGUACUGCAGCAUCACAAGCUAAAGGCACAACAGGGCCCCUUUUUAACCCUGGUGGUGCCACUACACAAACUACAACAGCCAGUAGUGGAUUUAAUUUCUCUACAGGGAUCACUCAGUCCUCAGCAGGUUUUAAUUUUGGUGCCGCCGCUGCCUCCCAAACGGGCACUGGGUCUGUCUUUGGUCAGACAGCUGCCCAAGUAACGGGAGGUGUUGGAGCCAAGCCGUCUGGUUUGUUCACAUUUGGCAGUGGUAGUAACAGUACUUCUAACAGUAAUAACAGUACUCAGCAGCAACAACAGCAGCAACAAUCUCAAUCCAGUGGAUUGUUCAUGUUUGGUGCCACAGUUGGUGCGAAAAGUGACACCCAGACAGCUGGUACUGGGCUGUUCAGUUUUGGUGGUAAUUCUGUAGGGCAAAGUGCAGGAACGGCCUUCGGAACACAGGGCUCUAGUACUGGAACAGCCUUCGGAACACAGGGUGCCAGAACUGGAACAGCCUUUGGAACACAGGGCACUAGUACUGGAACAGCUUUCGGAACACAGGGUGCUAGUACUGGAACAGCCUUUGGAACACAGGGCACUAGUACUGGAACAGCCUUCGGAACACAGGGCUCUAGUACUGGAACAGCCUUCGGAACACAGGGUGCUAGUACUGGAACAGCCUUUGGAACACAGGGCACUAGUUCUGGAACUGGCUUUGGAGCGCAAGGGACAGGGUUUUCAUUUGGAGCAACUGCGACUCCUAAUGCAUUUGGGAAUCCUCAGAAACAAACCCAAAGUGCAUUUGGUGGAGCUUUGCCGUCCCAGAAUGCUUUUGGAACAAGUGGGCCUUCCCAGAAUGCUUUUGGUGCUAAUCAAGGUCAAGCAGCCAAUGGAACCCAGCAAGUGUCUUUUAACUUCGGUCAGUCCUCUGGGCAGACACCAGCGUUUGGUCAGUCAGGGAAAACUGGACCUCCGACCUUUGGUCAGUCCACGCCCGCCCCGCCCUUUGGCACUCCUGGCGGUCAGGGUGCCACGCCUACCUUUGGUCAGUCAACGCCAGCAGCUCCAACGUUCGGAAGCCCUGCUGCACCUGGAUUUGCCCCUGGCACCCCUACAAACUUUAACUUUGCUGCAGGCACAUCAGCGCCGCGACCACGUGUUGCUGCACGUGGAAGGAGAACAGUUAGGAAGCGCUAACUGUGUUAGGUUUUAUUAAAUGUAUGUACGCACUCCAGUCCAGCUAACGUAACUGCUAACUCUUUGUGGCUGCUCCAGUGCAGCUAACAAAACUUGACCAUCAAAGAAAUUUAGCCACAGACAAGUAGACAGCUAACUGUUUGUGGCUGCUCCAGUGCAGCUUUCUUACUUUACCCUCCAUGAAUUUCAGCUGCAAGCAAGUCCACAGCUUAAUCAAGUGUCAUCAGAAGUGCCGAUAGAUUCGGAAACAUUUGCUGAGGAAAAAAAUCAAGUGUAAUUGUGAUUAUAUCUGUAUGGAGGCACUACAUCUUUUCCCAGCACUUCCUUCAGUGAUAAUUCUCUGCAAGUACUGCUGUGUUGCUUAAAUGUGCUACAUAUUUUAACAAUAUUUAUAUAUAUGUAUAUUGUACAAAGAUAUGUAAUCAAAUAUAUGAUAUACGAUAUAGGUCAUCAGAAGGGGAUUCACUCGGUCAGCUAAGCUGCCAUGGUUUUCCACGUUUCCAGUUUUGCCAUAGGUUGCAGAACGUGGAUUCUGUGAAAUUCAAAGAAUUAAGAUUACUGGAAUACCAAUUAGUUUACUUAUUAGUAAUGAAAUAUGAAAAAAAUAUUGUUCUUGGAAAUCGAAAUUGUGUAAUUUUCCAGACAGUGUUCUUCAUCUUCUGAUAUGUAUGUUGAUUUCUAGAAACUCUUGUAAUAUUAACUAUUCUUGUUUGUUACAUCAUUUUUUUCAGGAUAUAAAAAAGAUGAUGGGCAUUUGGUGUUUGUUUUAGUAGGACAGUAAUGUUGAGUAAACUUGAU